AUGGCUGAGGGCUGGCUGUGGAGCUCCCGGCCCGGGGCUGCGUGCCCCCGCAGGGCCGUGAGCAUGUGCGAGUCGCUGGACCUGCGGGGCGACCCGGCGGUGCAGGCUGCCCUCACGGCCGCCCAGCAGCAGAAGAGACGGCCCAAGAGCCUGUGCUCGGUGGGCAACGGGCUAGGCCCUGGCGCCCUGCUGCUCCCAGCGCCCCCCGCCAGAGCCCGCAGCGGCUUGCUGGACUUCUUCAGGCUGCGGCCUCCCCGCCGGCGGGAGGAGGGGGGCCUGGCUCAUGGGGCAGAUGGGGCGCAGCGCCUGCGCCCAGCCAGCAUGACCUGCCUGCCCUCGGGGCGGCAGCCACCUGCUGCCGAGGCCUCGGGCUUCCUGCGGGGCAGCUCCCUGUGGGGCAGCGGGCGUUGGAACCUCUUCCGGGGCAGCGGCCGCAGCAGCCCCGGCCCCAGGAGGAACUUCAGCUCCCUGCGCAAGAGCUUCAGCUUCCGCCUGCGGCGCGGCCAGGAGCUGCGGCGCUCGGAGUCGGGGGGGCUUCUGCGCCCGCCGCGCCUCCGCACCAAGAGCGAGGGCGACGCCAGCUCCCUGCACACCUGCCCCAGCAAGCGGGACCUGCUGUACCCGGAGCUGGGGCGAGCCGGCGGGAAGCCGUGCUCAGGCUCCAGCCAGGCCGGCGGCCUCUGGAAACUCCUCACCGGCCGCUUCCGCAGGCGGGACCGGGGAAGCGCCGCUCCCCAGGAGUCCCCCCGAGGCGCCGAGCCCCUCCUUGUGGCCGUGGGGGGCAGCCCGCUGCGAGCAUUGGAUUCGUUUGUGAACAGCCAGGAAUGGACCCUGAGCCGCUCGGUGCCUGAGCUCAAAGUGGGCAUCGUGGGGAACCUGUCCAGCGGCAAGUCAGCCUUGGUGCAUCGCUACCUGACUGGCACGUACGUGCAGGAGGAGUCCCCAGAAGGUGGCCGGUUUAAGAAGGAGAUCGUAGUGGAUGGUCAGAGUUACCUAUUGCUGAUUCGAGAUGAAGGGGGCCCCCCCGAGCUCCAGUUUGCCGCCUGGGUGGACGCCGUGGUGUUUGUCUUCAGCCUGGAGGACGAGAUCAGCUUCCAGACGGUGUAUAACUACUACCUGCGGCUCUGCAGCUACCGCAGCACGGCCGAGGUGCCCAUGGUCCUGGUGGGGACGCAAGACGCUAUCAGUGCCACCAAUCCUCGUGUCAUCGAUGACUCUCGGGCCCGCAAACUCUCCAACGAUUUGAAGCGCUGCACGUACUACGAGACCUGUGCCACCUACGGCCUGAACGUCGAGAGAGUCUUCCAGGAUGUGGCUCAGAAGGUGGUGGCCCUGCGGAAGAAGCAGCAGCUCUCCAUAGGGCCCUGCAAGUCCCUGCCCAAUUCACCCAGCCACUCGUCUGUCUCCGCUGCCUCUAUUCCUUCUGUGCACAUCAACCAGGCCACCAACGGCAGCGGUGCCUUUAGCGACUACUCCUCCUCCGUGCCCUCCACCCCCAGCAUCAGCCAGCGGGAGCUGCGCAUCGAGACCAUCGCUGCCUCCAAUACGCCCACCCCCAUCCGCAAGCAGUCCAAGCGGCGCUCCAACAUCUUCACGUCUCGAAAGGGCGCAGACCCGGAGCGGGAGAAGAAGGUGCCGGAGUGCAAGGCGGACAGUAUCGGCAGCGGGCGAGCCAUUCCCAUUAAGCAGGGCAUUCUCCUGAAGCGCAGCGGCAAGUCCCUCAACAAGGAGUGGAAGAAGAAGUAUGUGACGCUGUGCGAUAACGGAGUCCUCACCUACCACCCCAGCCUGCACGAUUACAUGCAGAACGUCCAUGGCAAGGAAAUAGAUCUGCUGAGAACAACAGUGAAGGUGCCGGGCAAGCGGCUCCCCAGGGCGACGACGGCGACAGCCCCCAGCGCCAGCCCCAAAACCAACGGGCUUGCCAAGGAGCGGAGCAGCAUGCAGUUCCCAGGAGGCCCAGGUGCCCCCCACUCGACCAGCAGCACCUCCCUGCACUCCGAACGCUCCAUCAACUUGGUGGGCUUCAGCUCGAAGCCGGACGGCAUGCACCAGCGCUCCUACUCCGUCUCCAGCGCAGACCAGUGGAGCGAGGCUGUGGUGAUCCCCAGCAGCUGCCCCAACCCCCCUAAUGGCACCGCAGAUGCUCUCAGCUCCAGCCCAAACAUGUCCAACGCUGCGAGCCCGAAGCUGGAGCCGCCUCCAUCCCCUCAUGCAAACAGGAAGAAACACCGCAGGAAAAAGAGCACAGGGACAGCCCGCCCUGAUGGCCCCAGCACAGCAGCAGAAGAACAAGACGAGUCGUUCGAGUUCAUCAUCGUGUCGCUGACGGGCCAGACCUGGCUUUUUGAGGCCUCGACGUCCGAGGAGCGGGAGCUGUGGGUCCAGGCCAUCGAGAGCCAGAUCUUGGCCAGCCUCCAGGGCUGUGAGAGCAGCAAGAACAAGGCUCGGCUGGGCAGCCAGAGCGACGCACUGGCCCUGCAGACGGUCCGCACUGCACGUGGGAACAGCUUCUGCGUGGACUGCGACGCGCCCAACCCUGACUGGGCGAGUCUGAACCUGGGCUCCCUCAUGUGCAUCGAGUGCUCUGGGAUCCACCGUAACCUGGGCACCCACCUGUCCCGGGUGCGCUCCCUGGACCUGGACGACUGGCCUGGCGAGCUCAUCAUGGUCAUGACGGCCAUCGGCAACGCGCUGGCCAACGCUGUCUGGGAAGGGGCGGUGGAGGGCUACCAGAAGCCGGGCCCCGAGAACAGCAGGGAGGAGAAGGAGCGCUGGAUCCGGGCCAAGUAUGAGCAGAAGCUGUUCCUGGCUGCACUGCCGCACUCAGACGUGCCCCUGGGGCAGCAGCUGCUGCGGGCCGUAGUGGAGGACGACGUGCGCCUGGUGGUGACACUGCUGGCCCACGGCACCAAGGAGGAGGUGAAUGAAACGUACGGGGACGGGGACGGGCGCACGGCGCUGCACCUCUCCAGCGCCAUGGCCAAUGUUGUCUUCACGCAGCUGCUCAUAUGGUAUGGGGUGGACGUGAAGAGCCGGGACGCCCGUGGCCUAACGCCCCUGGCCUACGCCCGGCGAGCUGGCAGCCAGGAGUGCGUCGACAUCCUCCUGCAGCAUGGAUGCCCUAGCGACAGCUCCGUCAGCACGCUGACCCCCAGCCUGCCCCGCCGCAACACCAACAACUCCUGCUCGGCGUCCCCGGCCGAGCUGGGCUCCAGCCCCAGUGUCCUCUAG